UGGGAGCUAGCACGCUUCCACACUAGUGAGUCCUGUUUGGAGUGGUUCGCGGCAAGUAUGGUGUCCCUUUCCAGCCAUCACCGGUACAUAUAUUUACUCCUUUGAACCUGUGCACUGACGCCAAGUAGUGUGGGGUGCAUGCUUUGCAGCAGGAGACUCUAAGGAACCGUUAGACUCAUACGAGGCGAUAAAGAAACUAGCCGGAAUCUGGCUUUGUAUGACAGUAGUCCAUGGAGCCUGGUGUACGGGAAAGUAAGUUCAACUCCCUACUACUAUUUCCCUAUUGUAAUACCAAACUCGGUGAUCUACACUACUCCCUGUACCAGAGAAAAUGCUUAAUCAUCCGGCUGCCGCCUUAACCCUACAUUAAUUCUUACAACCACAGUAACUAACUUAGCCUAAUUAGUGAUAUCAUAGACCGCCACGUUGACGCCGGCGUAGAACGCACCAAAUACCGUCCCCUCCCAUCGGGCCGAAUCUCAGUACAGGGAGCCUUACUCUCCUGCGCCCUCCUUACCGCCCUCGCCUCGGUGCUCACGCACUACUGUCUGGGAUGGGACACCCUAUUGCUGUCGAUCCCAAUGUACUUCCUCAACGCGAUAUACCCGUAUAUGAAGCAACUGAUCCCCUGGCCGCAACUAGUGCUCGCACCAGCGGUGGGUUGGACUUCGUUGAUCGGGUGGGCGGCCAUGGCCGGGAACCUCAACGAUCUGGAGAAGUGCAUUCCGCUGUUCCUAGCCACUAGCUGCUGGACGCUGUAUUAUGACACUUGUUACGGGUCUCAGGUAACUAGUCGCUUCUAUAUAUACAUACUGCCAAAGGUACUUGAAUGCCUAAGUAAUGAUGACAUCAACAGGACGCCGAAGAGGAUAAGAAAAUUGGCGUAAAGUCACUCCCACUCUGGCUGGGCACCAGCAUCCACCCAUUCCUGGCCUUCCUGGGGAUCCUCAUCAUCGGGCUUCUCUGUCUCUCUGCGCACGCGUCUAACGUCAGCUACAUUUUCUGGACCUUUGCUAUUGGCGUGUGGGCACUCCUCAUUCCGUACCAGAUUGCUCAGCUGGACCUCAAGGACCGAACCUCCGGUGGGAAGAUUUUCAGGCAGAAUAUCAAGUUUGGCAAGUACGUCACCUUGGUUGCAUUCGUUGAGCUGGCUUAUCAGAGUUUCUUUUCGAAAUUUUGAAAGAGGGAUGUGGUGAUGGUGCAGGCGGAGUAAGGAGGGGAAAGGUCUCGUAUGAGGGAAUUACGUUUAUAAGCCGGUGGGGGUGGGAAGUGGAGGCAAGGAGAGGGCUGGGUUGGAAUUGGAUAUAGAAUAUUGGGAGGUGGAUCCGGGGAAGGGGGUGGGUUGGAUCAUGGGAACGAAACAGUCACGAUAAGAGUAAAGCGAUCAUGUGGAUUGGAGGCUGAUCGAUUUUUUCUUUUUCCUUGCCUCUCUUCCUUUUACUUCUUUUUCCCCUCUGUCUCUCGCGUCUUUAUUCUGUUUUGCUCUUGGGGUGUAGGUUGUAUGGGACAUCACGGAUCAAAAUAAAUCGUUCAAGUGAAACUCUACGGUAUCAUACUAGAAGUCAGUGCCGGUACGUGCCUACAAGACACCAAAAUGCAUGCGCACGCGCUUGGGAAGCGAGAAAUUACUACGAGCAAAAAAAGGCGGUGACGAGGAGCCAUCCGCUCGGCUUAGGCUAAGAAGGUGUCGGUCCACUCGAGUAAGACAUAAAUUAGGAAGAGGCCAUGACUGAACCAUAGUCGCGAUUUCGCGAACCGGGUAACGGAUCAGCAUACCCCCCAACCUCGUCUACCCCCGAAGCUACUCGGGUGCACGGGUAGAAGUGCAAACUACGAGUAGAGGUGCAAGCCAGAGGUGGGAGCCAGGACUAGUCCAGCCCAGAGGGAUUGAGGAGGAGGUGAAGGAACUAAUUUGGUCAAAGGUUAACCAGACGUCGAUAGGGCCAGCCAUAAAACCAGGGCUCCGGCAUCUCGGCAGCGCUGUCAGCCCGACCCGGAAUCUCCAACCCACGAGGAUGUGAGGGAUGGAGAGGAGGAGGGCCCCACACCCUCGUCAAUCUGACAAGUCAUACUUCAGAAUACGCAUAGCACCGGUUCAGUGCUGAAGGGAGGAGGAAGGGUGAUGGGAGGGAACACUAUACCGGUGUUACCCAAAUCAGGAUCCCACGAGGGAGACAUGUCACCUACCCAGCAGUGUACAGUACGUCAAAAUGCUGUGAUACCAUGAACGUGUUUGUCCCUCUACAGAAUCGAUGCAUAGCGCUCAUCCGUGGCGCAUGCACAGUAUCAUUCGGCGACCAGAGCUGUGGAAUCCACAGUGGAGGCUUUUGGUAUCGUGGCCACCUGGGGCUUUUUCUUUUGCAGAGGGGAAAUAUGUGCGAGGUUGUGCCAGGUGGGGUGCAUGGCCGAGUGUAUUGAGAGGUUGAAAGAUGAGGAGAUGAUUAGUAUUAUAGCAAUAGCCACCAAUGUUUACUUCUUCCCUUGACGUAAAUACUAGAUUUGGCGUGCUGUAAUCGAAGUUGAAUC